AUGACCAGUAAUUCUCCAAGAAUUCAAAGUCUAUCUCAUCCAAGCCUCCAACUCCUCAAGAAGAGCGAGUUUGGGAAGAAGAAGAAUACCUUUGGAAACGGAGAAGGCAACUACGAGCAGAGUUAUGACCAAGAAACUAACAGCGGAAAUGGCUAUGGACAACACCGGGAGCCAACAACGAUUGCGGCUAUGGGAAACACUAGGGAGCUAACAACAUCUAUGGCUAUGGACAACACCGGGGAGCUAUCAACGGCAGCUAUGGACAACACCAAUGAGCUAACAACAGUGGCUAUGGCUAUGUGCAUAUUUCAAUCAAAGUGGAUGAUACUAAACAUUUGA